AGGACCCCAAACACACAUGCACACGCUUCCUAUCAAGAUGAAAAGAGGCCUACUAGUAGUAUUUUGGUCCUUGUUCUGCCUCUGUGUGGCAAACACAGCUACUGGCAACAAGCCCAAACACCCUAUUGAGUUUGAUCAAUUAGAAAUAUCCAGGAAAUAUGUUCCAGCAAAACAGCAUGCAUCUGCGAGCAAGAGCCCUUCUAGUUCUUCAGUCCAUGGUGGCUCACAAGAUUAUCAGCGAAAGAGGGAUAAGAUUAUAGCAAUGCCAGGCCAGAUGGAGGAAGCGGAAUUCACACAAUAUGCAGGGUAUGUCACUGUGGAUGCAAAUGCUGGAAGGGCUUUGUUCUACUAUUUUGCUGAGGCUCCUCAAGAUCCUUCCAACAAACCACUAGUCCUAUGGAUGAAUGGAGGCCCUGGUUGUUCAUCCUUUGGAGCUGGAGCCAUGCUAGAACUUGGACCCUUCUCUGUCCAUAGUGAUAACAAGACACUGUACAAGAAAAAACAUGCUUGGAACACAGUAGCAAAUAUGCUGUUUGUUGAGAUCCCAGCCGGUGUUGGGUACUCAUACUCCAACACGACAUCAGACUAUCACAACACUGGUGACAAAAGAAGCACAGAUGAUGCGUACACCUUCCUUGUCAAUUGGCUGGAGAGAUUUCCCAUGUACCGAGACCGUGAUUUCUUCAUAACCGGCGAGAGUUAUGCUGGCCACUAUGUACCAGAGCUAGCUAAUUUGAUUAUUUCUAACAACAGAGCCAGAGGUGCGACUAAUGUCAAGCUUAAAGGUGUUGCUAUCGGCAACGCAGACUUGCAAUACAAUUUGACUCUAAGAGCGACAUUUGACUACUUCUGGAUGCAUGCUAUGAUUUCUGGAAAAACCUACAGAACUGUACAGGCCAACUGUGGCUUCAACGGGACAUAUACUAAAGAUUGUGAUAAUGCCAUGAACUUGGCCAUAAAGGAGAAGGGUAAUGUUGAUGACUACAACAUCUAUGCACCAAUAUGCCGUGAUGCCUCCAGUCCUCUCAGAUCAAGUGACCCGGUGGUGUUCGGUGAUCCCUGCACAAAUCACUAUGUUUCAUCUUAUCUAAAUCGUCCUGAGGUCCAAAGAGCCCUACACGCAAACACCACAGGGUUGAACUACCCAUGGACGGAUUGCAGUCAACUUGUAUUCGAUAACUGGAAAGAUUCACCCGAGACCGUGCUGCCAUCGAUCAGGAAACUCAUUUCAAGUGGCACAAGGGUAUGGCUGUACAGUGGUGAUAUGGAUGCAGUAUGUUCUGUGACCUCGACCCAAUACGCACUGGACAUUCUUGACCUGCCCACAGAAACAUCUUGGCGCCCAUGGCGCGUCAACAAUGAGGUUGCUGGCUAUGUGGUUGGGUACAAGGGCCUGGUGUAUGCAACAGUCAAAGGAGCGGGGCACAUGGUCCCUUUUUAUCAGCCCCGCAGGGCCCUAGCGCUAUUCUCAUCCUUCCUAGAAGGAAAGCUUCCGCCACAAUGAUCUAAUUGUUAGGGAUAAAUUAGCACAUAUCUAUUGUAAAACGUCGAUAGCGAAGUCCGACCCCAAGAAGUCGCAUCCCUUCUCUCUCUCUUAACAUGUAAAUGUCAUCCUUUGGAUGCAUUCCCGCAGGCAUGCAUAUAUAUCCUUUGUAUCAGUGAAAUCAAUGGUGCUUGACCAUUCA